AUGAAGGUCUCGGCCUUACGACGCUUUUGGAAAACAGUGAAGAAGGAGCGGUUGUCUUUCAUCAACGACCUGACGGAUAAGUUCCAGAUUUCAUUCGUGGAAGCGUACGAGAAGAGGGAGUUACCACCUAUCGAUUUCGACGAUGUUGUGUCCUAUGACUGGCCGCUGUUGUUGAAAUGGACCGUCGGCCUUACAGUCCAAGAUAUUGUCCUGCCCGGCACUCGAAAGGAACUAGGCGAUGACUCUUGCAUACAGACUUUUGCUACGGAAAACCGAGACUGGCGCGAGUCGUACCAUCAUUGGCAGAGAUCUGUCUUCAACAAGUUCCAGGACGCAACUUCCGAAGCGGCCACGGUCACCUUAAAUCGGUCAUCGGAGCAGCCGUUGCCGAAUUUGAUGGGCAUCGCCCAAUCGUGGAUACGGGCUCUCUGUUGCACUCCAAUUCAUCGGUACACUGCGAUGGAUAUCAAGAACAAAUUCCUGAGCCUUGGCGGGCAGAGCGAAACUUAUAUCAAUGAGCUCCUAGAGAAUGCUAUUAUCGAUCUAGAGCGAGCUAAAAUUGCAAUCAAGAACAAGAGCAGAGCUCUUGCGACAGGCCGGCCGUAUAGACUCAACGACCACUUUCUCAAGCAUCUUGAUCGGUAUGCUCAGGAGGAAAAGUAUGCCCUGGCGAGCAGCUUCAAGGCCCAACUGGAUGAGACAUUUCGUAGGGGAGAGAUUUUCAGUGUUCCCUACCUGACCAACGACGGAAUGAUUUUGGCCACCUUGAAUCUCCAGGCAUAUGGUCGAAUCAGAGUUAACUCCGUUGGCCAGCCAGACGUUCCAUUCGGCUUCGAACCUGGGAACUAUGAGACUAGAAAGUUCCCGAAGUCGUAUUUACACUGGGGCCUCGAGAUCUCUCCAACAGAGAAUUACCUAUUUGACGAGGACAUAGAUGCACUGGGUGUCGCCAAGCAGUCUGUGCUCCCACGCGAACUUGGCGAUAGCAGAUUGCCAUUGUGGUGUGAUUUCUUCGGUGUCUUAGACAAUGAGCGCUGGGCCAAGUUCCUUGGGUCCGUCUUCUUUAUGCUCGCCACUCGAGGAAACAUGGAUGCCGAGGCUGUCAGCAUGGCCCUUCAGCCGUGUGUUGAGGUCUUUGAGGCUGAGGCCAUCAUGGGCUGGGCGAGGGAGGUUGGGCUUCUGCAGGAAGUGACAACUGGUGGAGGCUUGACUGUCUGUGAAUGGUGGUGGUUAGUCGUCGGGCGCCAGAUUGACAGAGAAGGUGCCAAGUAUGAGGGAGGAGAAGAGUUGCAGGAUGAGAUGUGA